AUGGAUGCCUUACAGAAUCAAGAACUCAACUCCGAUGUCUGCGUGGUAGGAGCAGGACCACUUGGCCUUCUGGCACUCAAGAACCUUCGCGAACAGGGACUCAAUACAAAAGCAUUUGAAAGACAAGAGUAUGUGGGUGGAACUUGGCAUGCGUCACACAAUAUCAAGCAGACAACUGCAUUGGAGUAUACGACAGCAAACACCUCCAAACAAUGUUGUUCCAUUACUGAUUUUCCUAUGCCCGAUGACUUCCCUGUGCACCCCCCUCAGAAGGAUCUUGAAAGAUACUUCGAAUCUUACGCCGAACAGUUUGACCUAUAUCCACACAUACAGUUCUCAGUCUCAGUGGACCAUAUUGAGCGAGAUGAGCCACAAAAGGCCUGGAGGGUCUUUCUCAAGGAUGUUAGAACGGGGGUUGAGGAGGUCAGGACCUUCAGUCGCGUAGUUGUCGCUACAGGCAUGCUCAAUACUCACCAUCUCCCACACGUGAAAGGUCUAGAAAAGUUUUCUGGGGAUGCCAUUCACUCGCGCCAGUUCAAAGACGCCUCAAAAUACCAGGGCAAGAACGUGGUUGUCGUAGGUAUUGGCGCAACUGGUGUGGAUUCGACGUCGUUCUUGGUUAAAGCUGGAACCAGCAAGGUCUAUCUUAGCCAUCGUGGCACCGUCUUCGUGCUCCCCAGAAGAGUCAAAGGAAAAGCUUUCGAGCACACAUUGAGUCGUCGAGUGUCCAUUUGUGUGAGAACGAUAGGCAAUAUCAUGCCAAAUAUCUUUGCAGGACUCAUGACCAAGAUGAUGAUCAAUAUGCGAGAUAAAGAAUGGCCACACUUGAAGGAAGUAUUCGGCACUCGACCAGUUGAUGGAGUCCUCCAUCGAGUUCCAUUGUUCUCCGAGCAUCUGGCGGAUAACCUCAAAGAUGGCACAGUCAAAUCUGUACAGGGCAUCAAGGAAGUGACUGGUCCCAAGACGAUUACUCUUACAGACGGUAUGGUUCUGGAAGAUGUCGAUGCCAUCAUCUUCUGCUCGGGCUAUGGUUAUGAUUUUUCCAUCGUCAAGGGCCCUGGCGAUCCGACCGAUCCGGCCAUUGCCCCUGACCACCACAAGCGGAUUGAGGCGACCAAUUUCUACAACGAGGAAAGCAAGUUUGCACGCCUUUUCCAUGGCUUCGUCUCUGAACAGUUUCCCGACUCAUUGGCGUUUCUUGGCCACAUGAUUAUCAUGAGACCUCCAUUCGUACUUUACGAUCUCACUACCAUGGCUCUGGCGAGUUUGUGGUCUGGAGACUACCCCAUGCCGUCUGCCGAAGAGAGACGUAGGGAUAUCGAUGAUCACUAUGACUAUGUUGUCAAAACACUCCAGAGAGGCCCGGCUCCUCAUCCUGGAUUUCGCUGGAGGGCGAAGCCAAGUUACGAGUUUCUGAACCAAGCAGCGGGAACAGGAGUCACAGAUCGUUUGGGGUGCUUCACAUGGGAAGCCUGGAAGCUGUGGUGGAACGACCGAAAGUUUUAUAAUUUGCUUAUGGAUGGAACUGAUGUGCCCGCGGUUUACAGAUUGUUUGACACUGGUCGAGGUCGUAAGCCUUGGCCUGGGGCCAGAGAGUGUAUUGAGAAGACAAACCAGGAGGUGAAGGAGCUGGGAGAGCAGUGGGAGAGGGAGAAUAAGGAUAAGAAGACAAACAUGAUGUUCCUCACGACUGAAAUUGAGAAGGUUGAGCUUAUGCUCGGCAUUCGUCCUACUCUUAGAGCGAGGCGUUCCCUGCUGGAUCUGAUCCGCACCAGGGGCGAAGACGACGACAACAACAGCCAGCGAGAGCAAGGGAGCGACAGUGACGACGAUAGCGUUAGCUCAGGCUCCGGGGCCAGAGGUAGCCGUUACAGAGGGAGCUUCAGUGAUAGAGCCCCUGCGCCUCCCGUUAACGUUGCUACUGUUCGAGACCCCACCCGCAAAGCAUCGUCAUCAUCCUGGCUCCACUCAAGAGCUGGGAAAGCAGCAGCUCUAGCGUUGGUGGACGUAGCUCGUCAAGUGCCUCUGCCAAACUCUCCACCACCAUCUCCAUCUCUGUCUCCAUAUUCACCUUCAUCUCAACCGCCUCCUUCGUCAAACCUCUCUCCCGGUUCGACAGCAUCUCCCAUCCGGCCUGAGUCGCCGCAUUCUCCUACCUCUCCUCAUUUUCAAUUAGACAAAGCGCCAGUUUCGCCGCUGAAGAUGCCUCCCAAAACAGCGAAGGCUGCUAAUAACAGCAGCAAGACCAAUGAGGAAGAUGGAUACCAAACUGGUAAAAUCUACUCCAUUUCCGGUCCCGUCGUCGUGGCCGAGGACAUGAUUGGUGUUGCCAUGUACGAGCUGGUCAGAGUAGGACAUGACAACCUCGUUGGUGAAGUUAUUCGAAUCAAUGGCGAUCAGGCCUCUAUUCAGGUUUACGAGGAGACAUCCGGUGUCAUGGUCGGUGACCCUGUCACCCGUACCGGAAAGCCCUUGUCCGUCGAACUCGGUCCCGGUCUCCUCAACGGUAUCUACGACGGUAUCCAGCGUCCCCUCGAGGCUAUUUCCAAGAUGGCCAAGUCCAUCUACAUCCCCCGCGGUAUCGCCGUCCCUGCCCUCAACCGCGAGAAGAAGUGGGAGUUCACACCCUCCGUUAAGGUCGGCGACCACCUUUCCGGUGGUGAUGUCUGGGGCUCUGUCUUCGAGAACUCUUUCCUCGCCAACCACAAGAUUCUGUUCCCUCCUCGUGCACGAGGAACCGUUACCAAAAUCGCUGCCAAGGGCGAGUACACCGUCGUCGACAACAUCCUCGAGGUCGAAUUCGAUGGCAAGAAGACAGAGUAUCCCAUGAUGCAGUCCUGGCCUGUUCGAGUACCACGUCCGUCCAACGACAAGAAGUCUGCCGAUCAGCCCUUCAUUGUCGGCCAGCGAGUCCUCGACGCUCUUUUCCCCAGUGUUCAAGGUGGUACCGUCGCAAUCCCCGGCGCUUUCGGUUGCGGAAAGACUGUCAUUAGUCAGUCUGUGUCUAAGUUCUCCAACAGUGACGUUAUCGUCUAUGUUGGUUGCGGUGAGCGAGGUAAUGAGAUGGCUGAAGUCUUGAAGGAUUUCCCCGAGCUCACCAUUGAUGUCGAUGGCCGCAAGGAGCCUAUCAUGAAGCGAACCACGCUCAUUGCCAACACCUCCAACAUGCCCGUCGCUGCCCGAGAAGCCUCCAUUUACACCGGAAUUACUGUCGCAGAAUACUUCCGUGACCAGGGUCUUAACGUGGCCAUGAUGGCUGACUCCUCUUCUCGAUGGGCUGAGGCUCUUCGAGAACUUUCCGGUCGUCUAGGAGAAAUGCCUGCUGAUCAGGGUUUCCCCGCCUACCUGGGCGCCAAGCUUGCCUCGUUCUACGAGCGAGCCGGUCGUGUUCAGACUCUUGGUUCUCCCGAGCGCGAGGGCAGUGUCAGUAUUGUCGGUGCCGUCAGUCCUCCCGGUGGUGAUUUCUCGGAUCCCGUUACUACAUCCACUCUGGGUAUUGUGCAGGUCUUCUGGGGUCUCGACAAGAAGCUUGCCCAGCGAAAACAUUUCCCUUCCAUCAAUACAUCGUUAUCUUACAGCAAGUAUAACACCAUUUUGGAUAAGUAUUACGAGAAGAAUUACCCCGACUUCCCUCGACUCCGCGACCGCAUCAAGCAACUUCUGUCUGAUUCAGAGGAGCUCGACCAGGUUGUUCAGCUUGUUGGAAAGAGUGCCCUGUCCGACCCUGACAAGAUUACAUUGGAUAUUGCAGGCCUGAUCAAGGAAGAUUUCCUGCAGCAGAAUGGUUACUCCGAUUAUGACCAGUUCUGUCCUAUCUGGAAGACAGAGUGGAUGAUGAAGCUCAUGGUGGGCUUCCACGACGAGGCCCAAAAAGUUAUUGCGCAGGGUCAGAGCUGGGCCAAGGUACGAGAGGCUACUUCUGACCUGCAAGCCAACCUGCGACAGUUGAAGUUUGAGGUUCCCACUGAUGGCCAGGAGGUGAUCUCCAAGAGAACUUGCAAUGGACCUAAUUGGGGACGAUUUCAAAAACUACACACUCAAGACCCUCAAUCUCCUUUCAAUCAACCCCUCACUCCCCGAACAAUGUCCGAAGAACUUCAGGAUGAAGUUGAAGCAAUUAAUUCCAUCUACGGCGAUGGCAGCCUCGUCCCAACAGAAGACGACUCCUCUGUAUUUAUCCUCAAACUGCCAGGCGACGCAUCCUCUCUGCGUCUGAGAUUCCCGUCUGAUUAUCCCUCUAAACCCCCCAGUGCCCUCAGCACACACCACAGCUCUGGCGGUGUCAAAGGCGCUGGUGCUCGUGAUCUGGCACUCUUCCGUGACGCCCUGGGUGAAGUAUUUCAAGAGGGCCUAGUUUGUCUAUUCGAUGCUGUGGAGGAGUUCACGCGGCGUGCGGAGGAGCAGAAACCAGAGCCCGAAAGUGAGCCCCAAGCUCCAGCGACACCUGAAGAGGAAUACUACGAGCAACCAGACUUUCCACCUCCGGAAUGGAUCCUAUCAGAUCUUGUGACAGAGUCAAAAUCAACAUUCUUAGCACACGUCGCACGAGUGACUUCGCCUGAUCAGGCUCGAUACUACGUCCAACUUUUGCUCGCAUCAGACAAACGCAUACGCAGCGCCACGCACAACAUGACAGCAUGGCGGAUCCGUGGGCCCGGGGCUACAAGCUUCCAAGACUGCGACGAUGAUGGCGAGACAGCUGCCGGUGGGAGGAUGUUGCACCUCAUGCAGGUCAUGGAUAUCUGGGAUGCCAUGGUGGUGGUGACGAGGUGGUACGGCGGUGUUCAGCUAGGUCCUAGAAGGUUUGCGCUCAUCAAUGCUGUAGCUAGAGAUGGGUUUGUAAAAUCCGGGUUAGUAAAAGAGGAGAAGCAGGAGAAGAAAAAGGGGAAGUGA